UUUUUCUCAAACAACUCCUAGUAUAAAUAGGUCGUAACAUUGAGAACAAUUUAAGAUUGAAUUAGAUGAAUUCUCUUUCUAAUUCCUCUUCUAUUCAAAGAUAUGCUGCCUGCAUACCUUCCACACCGUUACUUGUCUCCCAAUCCAAUAUUCCCUCUUCAAGAAAUAAUAAAAGAUAUAAUAGAAUUUCUCAUCAAACACCUAACCCCAUACGAGCAUCAUCUCUCCAUCCCAAAAAGCUUAAACCUAAUGAAACAAAAGGAAGAAGAAAGAAUCCUAUUCUUCUCACAAAUAUAUUCAACUGGUUAGAUCAAUUCAUAUGCGAUUUCGUGGACCCACCCCUUCGCGUUUCUAUUGACCCCAAACACGUGCUCGCCGGUAACUUCGCUCCAGUUGGGGAGCUGCCCCCCACCGCCUGUACGGUGGUCCAUGGCUCACUUCCGCCAUGCCUAAACGGGGCCUACAUUCGCAAUGGCCCCAACCCUCAGUUCUUCCCCCGCGGACCCUACCACCUCUUCGACGGAGAUGGCAUGCUUCACUCGAUCAAAAUCUCCGACGGUGAAGCCAUAUUCUGCAGCCGUUUUGUCAAGACUUACAAGUAUAAUUUGGAGCGAGAAAUUGGAUCACCCGUCAUUCUCAACGUCUUCUCCGCCUUUAAUGGCCUCCUUCCUUCCUUGGCACGUUGUACCGUUGAAGCAGGUCGUAUUCUAGCCGGGGAGUUCGACCCGCGCAGAGGCAUCGGUGUGGCCAACACGAGCCUAGCAUUGUUCGCCGGAAAACUCUUUGCUAUGGGCGAGUCUGAUCUCCCUUAUACGGUGAAACUAACAUCGGACGGAGAUAUAAUCACCCUCGGCCGCCAUGAAUCUUUCGGCGAGCCGCUUAUGACUAUGACUGCCCACCCGAAAGUAGAGGCGGAAACCGGGGAGGCCUUUGCUUUCCGGCACAGCAUCGUGCACCCAUUUCUAACGUAUUUCAGGAUCAAUGCUGAUGGAAUCAAACAGCCAGAAGUUCCCAUAUCCUCGUUGAAGGAAGCUUCGUUGAUCCAUGAUUUUGCGGUUACGAAAAACUACGCUGUUUUCUUCGACUCGCAGAUUGUUAUCAAACCAGUGGAGAUUCUGAGAGGGAAGCAGCCAAUUGGGGUUAAUGCUGCGAAAAUGCCGAGGCUGGGGAUUAUCAGGCGGUACGCGGUGGAUGAGAAUGAGAUGUGGUGGGUGGAUGCGCCGGGUUUUAAUAUGAUCCACGCCGUCAACGCCUGGGAGGAAGACGACGGCAACACGAUUGUGAUGGUGGCGCUAAAUAUUUUGGGGGUGGAGCAUGUGUUGGAGCGGGUGGAUUUGAUUCACUCGUCCGUCGAGAGAAUUGAAAUAGAUGUGCAAACCGAGAGCCUACGGAGAAGAUCGUCGGUGUGCUCUAGAAAUUUGGAGUUCGCCGUCAUCAACCCGGCUUAUGUUGGGAAGAAGAACAGAUACGCAUACGCAUCAAUAGGCGAGCCAAUGCCAAACAUGGUGGGGGUGGUGAAGAUAGACCUGUCACUUUCAGCAACUACUGGAUACUCCUCCUCCGGCGACGAAUGCGCGGUGGCUAGCCACCUGUAUCCGCCUGGCUGCUCCGGCGGCGAAAUAGUUUUUGUGCCGAGGGAACCUGAAAAUCCGGCGACGCAGGAGGAUGAUGGCUACCUUGUGAGUUAUGUAUAUGAUAAAAAUACUCAAGAAUCGAAUUUUAUAGUAAUGGAUGCUAAAUCUCCUACUCUUGCAAUUGUUGCUGCUGUCAAGCUGCCCCACAGGGUUCCUUUUGGCUUCCAUGGAAUCUUUGUGCCUGAUUCUCAACUCAAAAAACUCUGAUUCCAUUAUAUAUUUUUCUAUUUAAAUAUUUAUUUUAUUCUAAUAAUAGUUGAUUGUUGAUUGUUUUCAAUGACUCAAUUACAGCAUUGUGUGACAUGUAUGGAAUUGUUAAACCAUAUCAAUCAAUUAUUUAAUAUCAUAGUAUAUUAAAUUGUCUGUAUUUUAUUUUAUUUGUUCAAGUACACUGUCCUCAAAUUCAUUCUGAUUGUGAUGUUGACCAAUUGAAAAUUGAUACAAA